AGAAGACUACGAUAAGCUGAGGUAAGUUGCGCAAUUGUAUAGAACAUGUCGGUUCAUGAAUUUAAUCCAUUUACUGGCCGUUUAAAACAAUCCACCAGCACUCGACCUCUUUAUCCAUUAUCACCUCGUCCACUACAAAGUGCAGAACCACCAGUCAUAAUGUACGAUACAAUUUUAACUAAACCAGUAAAGGUAGAAUCACUUAGCAGUGGAAAAUUUUCCACAUUAUCCCCAAAAAUAGCAGAACUUCAAAAAAAAUUUCAGGCUGAUAUGUCAAAACCUGUCUACCUGAUGGGUGGAAUGAAAGAUAAAAUACUGUUUCGUCUUACUGUUGUUGCUACUGCUGUGGCUUUUGCAACUAAUAUGUAUUACAUUUUUAAAGGUACACGGCAAUAAAUUUAUGGAGCAAGUUUGUAACAUAGAUACAUCUAGAAUGAUAAUUUAUUUACAAUGUAUGAUAACUUCAAGGAAGUCUUGAAGUCUUUACAAAUAAAUCAUUAAAACUAUUAAUGAGUUUUA